UAUCGUCUACAUGUGACAUGAAAUUGUGGUGCGUUAACACUACAUGCUUUACGGUUACGGCUGAACAGCUAUUCAGGUUGCUCAAUGCAAGUUGUAGCGGAAAACCAACCUGCAUGUUUUUGCAACAUCCUGUGUUGUAAACGAACCCGGGCAAAGGAAGGUGAUACGGCGAAAGGAAUAUGGAGUGUAUUCCAGUGACUCUUGAUGAUCUUGAGGGCAAAAAUGACCCAGUCAUAGAGGACCCAGAGCACAAUGUGUACACCAGGUUUAUGAAGUCCCACCGGUGUUAUGACCUUGUACCUACCAGCUCCAAACUGGUUGUGUUUGAUACAUCACUUCAGGUCAAGAAGGCAUUUUUUGCCCUUGUUUCAAAUGGGGUAAGAGCGGCACCCCUGUGGGACAGCAAAAAGCAGUGCUUUGUUGGUAUGUUGACCAUCACAGACUUUAUUAACAUCCUACAUCGCUACUACAAAUCUCCAUUGGUUCAGAUAUAUGAGUUGGAAGAACACAAAAUUGAAACAUGGAGAGAGUUGUACCUUCAAGACUCUUUUAAGCCCUUGGUUAGCAUAUCUCCAAAUGCAAGUUUGUAUGAUGCAGUAUCAUCACUGCUGAAGAAUAAGAUCCACAGACUGCCUGUAAUUGACCCCCUGACUGGGAACACACUCUAUAUUCUCACACACAAGAGGAUUCUCAAGUUCCUGAAGCUUUUUAUAUCGGAGAUGCCAAAACCCUCGUUCUUGAGACAAACCUUAGAGGACCUAAACAUCGGAACAUUCCAGAACAUAGCAGUGGUCCGCACAGACACUCCGCUGUACACAGCGCUGGGUAUUUUUGUUGAGCAGCGAGUGUCGGCGCUCCCCGUUGUGGAUGACAAAGGUCGAGUGGUGGAUAUCUACUCAAAAUUUGAUGUUAUAAAUCUGGCAGCAGAGAAGACGUACAACAACUUGGAUGUGACAGUGACCAAAGCCUUGCAACACCGCUCUCAGUACUUUGAAGGAGUGCUGACCUGUCACAGGCACGAGACCCUGCAGGCCAUCAUCAACAGACUUGUGGAGGCCGAGGUGCACAGGCUGGUGGUGGUAGACGAGCAGGAUGUGGUGAAGGGAAUUGUCUCCCUUUCAGAUAUUCUACAGGCACUAGUGCUGACUGACGGAGAAGAGGGCACAGCUUGAUGAAGUAACUCAAACAAGCAAAAGGCUACAGUUUUAAGAGGAGGUCAGAGCAAAGGGAGAAAGAAAAGGCAUGUGAGAGGUGAAUUUUGACAGUAAAUAAGUAUCAUCACCCAUCUCCUGUAACCAGACCUUCUAUAGCCACACAUGGCGAUAAAAUUGUAGCAGCACAAGGCAUACCCUAGCUCCUGUAAAUUGAGCCAAAUUCCAAGCCGAGAGAGAGCCAAGAGAGAUGUAAAAGCACAAGAGACCUAUAAGGAAGAGUAGGAUGACAAGGCAUCAUUCCCACCUUAGUGUUAGCUUAAGAGGAGGACCAUUAAUGCUUCGAUUAAACAUGUUUCCCCAAUAGUAUAAAUGAUGUAAUCAGUUACAAACUAAAGGAAAACUGAUAUACCUGUCUUGCCUUUUUUUUGGCAGCAUUUCAUUUUUAUAAAAAGACUGAAAUCUAGAUGCACAUAAGCCUAUGUUAGGGUAAUUUUAAACAGUGUGUAACUUUCUGAGAUAAACAUUUGGUGUGUGUUUUUGUUCUGGCACGUUCCUGACAAUUGCUUUAGGCCGGUUCUUUAUACAUAUAAGUAUGGAUUGUGUUUUCCGGCUGAAAUAAUUUUGUUAUCCAGCUAGUUUGAUUAUUUACAUGCAGGUGGAGAAUUUAAUUCUAAAUGAUUUUUACCUUGAUUAACUACCAAUUUGCAUAUUGAUGGUCAUAUGGUUACAGAAGUAUUUAUAUGUACUGUAUGUGUGGUAAAUACUGUACAUACAUACAAAAACUAGCUUCAUGCUACUUUUGUGUGAAUAUCUUAAAAAGUUAUCUAGCUUAAUUUAACAUUUAAACACUAUGCCUUGGAGAUGGCCAGUUGUCUGCACUGGUCAGUUUUAUUUGAAAAUCUUGGUCAUGGUCUAACUCAAUUUUUAAUAAGUCAAGACUUUUGCAGGUUUCACCUUCAGACCUGUUGUUUCAAAAUGUAAAUGUACAUUUGUCAACAAUUAACUCAUGUUACCACAGUUACCAGUAAGCGGAGAAUUCAGCAAACCUGAAAGAGCACUUAAGGCUCUCGAGACAACCUCAUUUGGGAAAUACAGAACAGCAUUGAUAAAUCUGCUGUAUGAGAUGACAUAAAUGGUGCUGUAUCCUGGAUAUUUAUGGGUUUUAUGUUUUGUCUGUGUUGUCAUGUAUAACACAAUGUUAAUUGGCUUUUACAGGUUACUUUAAAGACACCUUGUUAUCUGCCUGUUUUGUUACUUACACUUUGGGUUUUGGCAUUAGCGUUGGGAAUUGCUAAUUGAUUCCAUGCUGCAAAAUCUCAUCAGGUUUUAAAAAAGUGGCCCAUCAAUAGAAAACCAAUGUUUUUGUGGCAUUGUUUGUUUUUGGAUUUCAAACUAUUUUGGAGCGUUAUGUUAAGGUCAGUUACAGUCAGUAUAACAUAUCUGAACAUCAAAUUUGAUGCAUUUAUACAACCUUUUCUGUUCAUUGUGUUUAGGGGACUGUAUCAAAUUUACUCAAAACCAGCAUUUCCUUACAAUUUUCUUAAAGAGGAGGGACCAGGAAAAUGUCAUACUUUCUGUUUUGGUAUAUAUGAAAUGGAAUGCGUACAACUGUAUGUAAAUGGACAGUUUUGUAGUAAUCAGCAUUGAGAUUCUGAUUGAAAGCAUGAGCAAUAAAGGUUCUUUGAGAGUUUGUUG